AUGCUGCAAAGUUUUCUUCGGCCUCAAAGCGGUACCGCCACGGCGGCGGCAGGUGACGACACGGUGGAAAUUGAGCCAUUCAACGAGUUGAUGAUGGGGAGCCACGAUCUUGGUACCCAACAUACCACGAAUGCCGUCAAUUUCGCAGCCUCGGCGAGCAGUGCCGCUGCCAAGGAGAACGCCGGCACCAGGGCAGCCGCUGCCCUCGGUGCUCUCCCUGUUAGCAGCACGUAUAAAGAAUCUGCUUUGCGGUUCCCGACGGCGAGCCCCGGCACCUUCGAGCCAAAGGUCCAGGUGCCGUACGCCUACAAGCGGGGCCGCAUGCCACGCGACGUGGAGAUUGAGCGCCGUCGCCGACUGUACGACAGCGAGAGUGUCGACCGCCUUGUGCACGUUAGUGGGCUGACCUGGGAGGCUCUAGCCCGUCGUAGUGCGCAGAGCCUGCCGCUGGAGAUCUUUGAUGAUACUUCUUACGACUGCCGCAAUCCGUCCGAGUGGAUGGCGAUGGCGGCUACGGCACCAACCCAAGCGUCUCGCUUUCUUCCAGCCGAAGCAGUGUACUAUCACAAAGACCGCGACACCUUCGAGCUCUGUCCGUGUCGCGUGGUUGGAUGGGCCGAGGACACGAACACGAUUCAGCUCCAUUGGGGGUCCACCCCGACGACGGCGCACUGCUUGAAUACCGACGGUGACCCUGCUAGUGCUGCGGCAUACAGCGAGGUCAGCGAACCGGUGGCGACGCUGCCCCGCAUCUUCGUGCGUUUUCUUGCCGAGGACCCGAUCGUGUACGUUCAGCGCUUGGUGAGCGCUCACAUUCAGCGACAGAAGACAACCUCAUGGAUUCUCUACCGUUUGUGCUGCGACUCGAUGCCUGUGGCGAGCCUCGAAGAGCUGGACGCCGGGCUCGCAGAGAGGCUGCGCCAUCUCGGGACGGACAUUCCUCAGCUCAGCCCUGCUGAGUUCCCCGAUGUGGCGGAGCGCGUGGAGCGGCUAGUCUCGGAGAUUACGUUAGAGUGGCAGCGCAGCCACAAUCGCCUGCUGCUGCGCGACCGCCUCCGCAGCGACGAGUCUGUGGCCCGGAUGGUCGUGAACUCCACCCACAUGGACCCCGAAGAGCUUCUGCGUGGCCCCAACCUUGCCGUCGACCGCAGCGACUUGGGUGACCCUUCCACGGUGAUCUGCGUGGAGGGUGACGGCUUUGUGUUUGCAGAGCAGGAAAAAUCUUUCACGUUUGCGACGUACUUCACACAGCCAGAGGUGGUGCAGGCGUUGACAGGGGUGCAGCGAGAGUGCAUGCGGGUACUCGAGGGAUCCCUGUUCAACCUGCCCAAGGAGCGACAGAUGCCUCUGGCAUUGUUUGUGAAGUGCCAACGCGAGCACCUCAUCUCGGUGUCCCGGCAGCUGAAAACAGAAUGGCUGCCGCGCAUCUGUGAGACCAUCGUCAGCAGCUUUCAGUCGGCGGGGAAGGGCUGGCUGAACACGCGCGAGGCAAAGCAAAGCAUCUAUGAAAUGUCGAAACUAAAGAAGUUCUUCGUGACGGUGAAGUUCAUGAUGGAGGACACGCUGUUCCAACUCGUGUACAGCUCCCUUCACUCCUUCACAGACUUCGUCGAGGAGGUGUCGAACUUUACGGUGACGGUGCAGGACAUGAACAACGUGGUGAACGCAUGGCCCGGCAGCGACGCCGAGGACUGCGUGGAGAAGCAGCCUCUCUUCACGAUCGAUCUGAUGGAAAAGGAUGGGCACUUCUCCUACUCCAUCUCCUUUGAUGACUUCGAGGCGACCAUCGUGGAUCUAUUCAACGAUGCGAUUGUCUGCACGGAGUCCAUUCCGCAGGUGGAGCGCUAUGUGAUGACGCAGUACUUCUGGAGCCGCGACAGUGAGGGGCCCUUCCUCGACUCGGUGAAGAAGGAAGAGGAGCACGUGUGUUUGCUGCGCGAGCGCGUGCAGAACUCCGUGCGGGCCUCCCUUGUUCCGCUGCAGACGUAUCUGAACACGUACGAUGAGCUUCUCCCACUCAUCCGACUGGAUCAGUCAGAGUUCAUCAAGAAGUACGCGGAGGCCGGGCACAGUAUGGACGAGAUGAAGGAGGAGAUUGCGCUGCACCUCCGCGCCAAGAAGUCCCUGGCCGAGCGACUGCCGCUCUUCCUCACAGUUGGCAACUUUGUUGUCGACUGUCAGUCUUUCAGUUACCUCAUGUCAAUGAAGGAGGAGGAGCUGGCAAGGCUGGUGAUGCGGCUCAUCGGCAAAACUGGAAAGGAGGAAGCGUUGCAUGUGCGGGAGGCAUUUACACGCAUGGUCAACACAAUUGAGAAGACGCCACAGAGCCCGGAGAAGCUGUACGAGCUAUAUGCCUUCAUGGAUGGCAUGGGGGAACAGGUGGCUGAGUUGAUGGAGCACAUCGCCGAGGUUCGCCAGUGCUACGCCAUCCUUGACGGGUUUCAGUUUGAGCUCAGCGACGACGAGUCACGCCUGAAGUGGGAAGCCAUUGGCUGGCCUCGCCAGCUGGCUCUGCGUAGUCAAGCCGUACGCAAGCAGCUCGAGCAGGUGCAGGAAGAGCUACACUCGGGGCUGCAGAAGCGGCAGGAGGAGUUCUCGAAGCGAGUGGAGCAGCUGCAGCGCAUCGUGGUGACCUUCUCGAGGCACACCGAGGCCGCUGAGGCGGACAAGGUGGCGGCUGAGGUCAAGACGCACAACAUUGAAAUUCGGCAUUGCAUCGAGGAGGCCCGCUCUAUCAACAGCGACCAGCGUCUCUUCGGUGACAAACUUUCCGACUACCGAAACGUCUUUGAGCUCGACAAGGAGUUCAAGCCGUACAGCGACCUGUGGCUGACAACGUACACCUGGCAGGAAUCAUACCGCCGCUGGCACACAGACGCUUUCACCACUCUCGAUGCUGCAGAGAUCGAGUCGACCGUGAUUGCUGCAUUUAAGGUAAUGGUGAGCCUCGCCAAGACGUUCAAGGACAAGGCGGCGCUGCUCAAGAUUGUGGAGGAGGUCAAGGCGGUUGUCGAGGACUUCAAGCCGUGGGUGCCAUUCCUAUCGUCGCUGCGCCACCCUGGAAUGAGGGAGCGCCACUGGACCGCUCUGUCCGAGAAGCUCGGGCUGAAGCUGGUACCCGGUACCACACUGCUACUGCUGGAGGACUGCAAACCGCUGCUAGCACACCACGAGACCAUUAUUAGCUUCUGCGAGGUGGCCGCGAAGGAGUCACAGAUCGAGACGACGCUCAAGGACAUGCGUGCUAAGUGGGAGUCCAAGUGCUUCAUCAUCGAGGCGUACAAAGAGACAGGAACGUACAUCCUCAAGGACACCUCUGAAGUGGUGGAACUCCUCGACGAACACCUCAACCUUGUUCAGCAGCUGCAGUUUUCUCCCUUCAAGGGCUACUUCGAGGAAUCCAUCACGGACUGGGAGCGCUCGCUCAGCCUCAUCUCCGACACACUUGAGCAAUGGCUGGAGUGCCAGCGAGCGUGGCGUUAUCUGGAGCCGAUUCUCAACUCUGAGGACAUCGCCAUGCAGCUACCGCGACUGUCUGCACUCUUCGAGAAGGUCGACCGCACAUGGCGACGUGUCAUGGGGAACGCAUACACGCAGCCAAACGUAUUGGAAUACUGCAUAGGCACCAACAAACUGUUGGACCACUUGCGCGAGGCGAACCGGCUCCUCGAAGAGGUUCAGCGGGGCCUCAACGACUACUUGGCGGAGAAGCGACAGACGUUCCCACGUUUCUACUUCCUCUCUGACGAGGAGCUGCUGGAGAUUUUGUCGCAGGCGAAGGAGGUGCGUCGCAUUGACGCCAACAUCACUAAACUGUUUGAGGGCAUUCAUCACCUCCAGUGGAACAACGUUCACCCUGACGAGACGCGCGCCGAGAACGCGGAGGACGUGGCCUGUAGGGAUGCGGUGGCCGCGACUACAGAUACAAUGACAGGCUUCUAUAGCGGAGAGGGCGAGUACAUUCCAGCGGCGACACCGGUGGUGCCGCACGGCAACGUGGAAGAUUGGCUGAAGCUUCUGGAGAAGAUGAUGAAGGACAGCGUACAUACCCAAGUGAAACAGGCCGUCAAGGCAUACCUUAGCAUGCGUCGUAGCGAGUGGGUUCUGCAGUGGCCAGCGCAGGCAAUUAUCGCGGUAUCGCAGAUCUACUGGACCCAGGGGUGCGAGGAGGCCCUCACUACGAAAGGAGAGGUGGGUUGCUACGCAAAGGUGCUAGACAGGCAGUUACGGCAGCUGGUGGAGGUGGUUCAGUCUCCGUUGACGGCGAUCCAGCAGAUCAACAUGGGCGCGCUCAUUACUAUCGAGGUGCAUGCCAAGGACACUGUCGACAACAUGCAGGCAGCGAAGGUCUCGAGCACGCAGUCGUUUGAGUGGAUAAAGCAGCUCCGCUUCUACUUCGACAACAACGAUGGUUUCUGCCACAUUCGCCAGGUAGACACCCACUUCGUGUACGGUGGCGAGUACCUCGGCAACACGGCCCGCCUGGUUGUGACCCCGCUGACCGAUCGCAUCUAUCUGACCUUGACGGGUGCCCUGGCGCUGUGCCUCGGUGGCGCGCCGGCCGGCCCCGCCGGUACCGGGAAGACAGAGACGACUAAAGACCUGGCUAAGGCCCUUGCCAAGCAGUGCGUCGUCUUCAACUGCCAGGAGGGUAUGACGUUCCGGUCGAUGGGCAAGUUCUUCAAGGGUCUCGCCUGGACCGGCGCGUGGGCCUGCUUUGACGAAUUCAACCGUAUCGACGUCGAGGUGCUCUCCGUUGUAGCACAGCAGGUGACAGACCUGCAGCAGGCAUGCUCCACGAAGCAGUACCGCCUUCUUUUCGAGGAGAGCGACAUCCUCGUGGACCCCACCCACGCCGUCUUCAUCACCAUGAACCCCGGCUACGCUGGCCGCACAGAGCUACCGGAUAACUUAAAGGUGCUGUUCCGCCCCGUGGCGUGCAUGGUGCCGGACUACGCCAUGAUUGGGGAAAUCCGCCUCUUCUCGUACGGCUACCAGAAGGCGCGCGCCUUGGCGCAGAAGAUGGUCACAACGUUCAAGCUGAGCUCCGAGCAACUUUCGUCGCAGGACCACUACGACUUUGGUAUGCGUGCCGUCAACACCGUCAUCUCAGCAGCCGGGCUAAACAAGCGAGAGCGGCCCAACGACGACGAGGAUGAGCUGUUGCUGCGUGCGCUGCGCGACUCCAACGUGCCGAAGUUCCUCAAGGACGACAUUCUACUUUUCGAGGGAAUCAUAAGUGACUUAUUCCCCGAUACGGCCCUGCCCCAGAGCAACUACGGUGCCGUGGUGGAGGCGCUGACAACGGCCAUCACAGAGGCGCACCAGCAGCCCAUCUCCGCCUUCGUUCAAAAGUGCUUGCAGCUGUACGACAUCACCAUGCUGCGCCACGGCCUCAUGCUUGUUGGCCCCGCUGGCAGCGGCAAGACGGCAUCCUUCACAGCGCUGCAACGCGCCCUGACGGACUGCGCGGCCCGCCAAGCGAAGGGCGUCAACUUCGGCGCGCGCCGCCUACAGAAGGUGUUCACGCACAUCUGCAAUCCAAAGUCCGUUACGAUGGACCAGCUGUACGGCGCCUAUGACGAAAAUGGCGAAUGGAAGGACGGUGUGCUGUGCGUGCUGUUCCGCUGUGCCGCCCGAUACGGGGAUGAGUCCAACCUCAUCGGCAAACAUUGGGUGAUAUUCGACGGCCCCGUUGAUGCGCUGUGGAUUGAGUCGAUGAACACCGUGCUGGACGAGAACAAGAAGCUCUGCCUCGUCUCCGGCGAAAUCAUCCAGAUGAGCCGUGACAUGACGAUGAUGUUCGAGGUGGAGGACCUCGCCGUGGCGUCGCCGGCCACAGUCUCUCGGUGCGGCAUGAUCUACCUUGACCCUGCCACGUGUGUCCCUGCAUCCGCGCUCAUCACGAGCUGGAUCGCGGUGCUGCCCCCUUACCUGGAGUCUCAGCGCGAGACAUUGAAGAGGCUGUCCGAUACCUACAUCGAGGAGCUCGUGUCAUUGGUGCGCAGCGGUGCGGUACACGAGUACGUCACCUCGACCACUAGCGGGCUCAUGUACUCCUUCUUCCACAUGAUGGAGGGGUACGUGAAGAGCUUCGAGGUGGCCAAGUCGGCUUCGGGACAGCUGCAAGUGUCGCCGGAGCGCCUGGCCGUCAUGGCCGGCGCGGUACCACCGCUCUUCUUCUUCUCGCUGGUGUGGAGUAUUGGUGCCACGUGCGACGAGGCAGGGCGGCAGCUCUUCUCCUCGACGGUGUGGCGUCUCGCGGAGGCGAAUGGCGAUGGUCAGUGGCUGCCGCGACUUCCAGCCGACGGCGCGAGCGGCAGCGGCGGAGCAGAGGCGUUUUUAUACGACUACGUUUACCGCUAUGACCCCACUGGCGUGAUGGAGGGGGAGGUGGACGCGGCCAGCAGCAGCGGUGGCGGCGGCGCUCCUGCACCCUCGCCAUCGGUGUCGGGCAGCUGGGUGCACUGGAUGCACGAGCAGACGACUCUGACCAUUCCCGAUGGCACCCGCUUUGAGGACAUCAUCGUCCCCACGAUCGAUAGCACACGGCAAAACUACGUGCUGCAGCACUUGAUGGAGCAGAAGGUCAAUGUCGCCGCUGUUGGUCCCACUGGCACAGGUAAGUCCAUCUCGCUCGCGCGUCUCGUGCUCGGUGGGGGCAUGCCUAGUAGUUUUCUUGGCCUCAACUUCACAUUCUCAGCGCAGACGAAGUGCACAGUGCUGCAGGAUUCACUGAUGGCCAAAUUCGACAAGCGCCGCUCGCACGUCUAUGGCGCCCCUGCCGGUAAGCACUUUCUCAUCUUCAUUGACGACGCGAAUCUGCCGCUGCCGGAGAAGUAUGGCGCGCAGCCCCCGGUGGAGCUGCUGCGGCAGAUGCUCGCCCAGGGCGGUUUCUACAACUUCACCGGCGGCAUCAAGUGGACCUCCAUUAUCGACUGCUCGCUCGCACUGGCGAUGGAGCCACCUGGAGGGGGGCGCAACCAUAUCUCGAAUCGCUUUAUGCGCUACUUCAAUUACCUUGCCUUCCCCGAGAUGUCGGACAUGUCGAAGCGAACAAUCUUGCAGGCCAUCCUCUCCGGCGGCCUCACGCACCGCGGACUCGGCGACCGCCUCGCCAAUGUUUCCUCCGCCGUGGUGGAGAGCACGCUGCGUGUGUUCAGCAAGUGCACUCAGGUCUUCCUGCCGACCCCAGCGCAUGUGCACUACUCCUUUAACAUGCGUGAUGUGAUGCGUGUCUUUCCCCUGCUGUACGCGGCGGACGCAUCGGUGCUGCAGUCCGAGACAUCUUUCGUGCGGCUGUGGAUGCACGAGAUGCAGCGCGUCUUCUGCGAUCGCCUUGUCAGCGCGACAGAUAAGGGCCUGUUCAUUGAGUACCUCCGUGCCGAGCUGCUAUCGAUGGGGGUGGACAAGUCCUACAGCGAAGUGGUGAGGGCCGAUCGCCUCGUCUUUGCUGACGUGCUGAGCGACAAAGGCGUGUACGAGCAGAUCACCGACAUGGACGCCCUCACGGCGCGCAUGAAUGAGCUUCUGACGACCUACAAUGACGAGAAUGAAGUGAAGAUGAACCUGGUGCUCUUCCUCGACGCCAUCGAGCACGUCUGCCGUAUCUCACGCGUUCUGCGGCUACCAAACGGACACUGCCUUCUGCUCGGCAUCGGCGGGUCGGGCCGCAAGUCGCUUACGCGUCUCGCUUGCUCGCUAAUUCCGGAGAUGGAGGUAUUCACGAUUGAGCUGACGAAGAGUUUCGGUGUUAAGGAGUGGCACGAGAGUCUGGCAAAGUUGCUGCUGGAGUGUGGCAGGGAUGAGAAGAAGCGGACGUUUCUGUUCUCAGACACUCAGCUGGUGCAUCCGACUUUUCUCGAGGAUGUGGCGGGUCUGCUCACAUCGGGUGAUGUGCCGAACCUGUUCGAGGACGAAGACAUCGAACUCAUCAAUGACAAGUUCCGCGGCGUCUGCCUCAGCGAGAACCUGCCCACCACGAAGGUGUCGAUAUACGCGCGGUUCGUGAAAGAGACGCGGGCCAACCUGCACCUCGCCCUCGCCUUCUCUCCUAUCGGAGAGUCGUUUCGCAGCCGCCUGCGCAUGUUUCCCUCGCUCAUCGCGUGCUGCACCAUCGACUGGUUCGCUGAGUGGCCAUCCGAGGCGCUGCUGUCGGUAGCCAGAGUGCAGUUGAAUGCUGACGGCAGCGCUGACAUGGUAGGGGUUGCAAGCGAUGUUGACUUGGCGGGCUGCUUUCAGGCAGUGCAUCGCACUGCGGCGGAGGUGACGGAGUGCUUCUUCCUCGAGACGCGUCGUCGCUCGUACGUGACGCCGACGUCGUACCUCGUGCUCAUCUCGAACUUCAAGGCGAUGGCGGCAGCUAAGCGCCGCUUCCUUCGCGAGCAACGCGGCCGACUCGAGAAAGGUCUGGAUAAGCUUCGGGACACCGAGGUACAGGUGGCCGAGCUGGAAGCCCAGCUCAAGGCGCAGCAACCUGUGCUGGAGGAGAAAAAGGUGGAGAUUCAGUCCAUGAUGGAGCGGCUGACGGUGGACCGAAAGGUCGCGGCGGUGAAGGAGGCAGACGCGCGCAGAGAGGAAUCGGAGGCUUCUGUGAAGGCGGAGGAGUGCGCCAAGAUGCGACAGGAGUGCGCCGAGCGCCUGGCGGAGGCGGAGCCGGCUCUGGCGGAGGCCGUAAAGGUAUUGUCCAAGAUCAAGGCAGCGGAGAUUUCGGAGCUGAACAAGUACGCGAAUCCACCUAAGGGUGUGCAAUACGUCAUGGAGGCCGUCGCGUUGCUGCUUACGUUUGGCAACUGCCCGAGGGAGUUCUACAGCGGUCCUGCUGGCGGCCGCAAGGUACCAGACUGGUGGCUGUGCGCGAAGUCCUACAUGCGGGAUGCGAAUCGGUUGCUAGACUUGCUCGUGCAACCGCCGGAGAAAGGAGGCUUUAACCGCGAGGCGAUGGACACGGCGCUGAUGGACAAGGUGCGCGUCUACUACGACAACGAAGAGUUCCAACCGGAGAAGGUGAAGGCGGUUUCUUUGCCCUGCAUGGCCAUGUGCCUGUGGGUGCGCGCCAUGUACAAGUGGUUCUUUGUGAACCGAGAGAUUCAGCCACUUCGGGAGAGGCUGGCGGCGACGGAGGCGGAGCUGGCUGUGGUGACGGAUGCCCUGCGCGUCACCCAGGCAACGCUGGACCAUGUAAUUGCUGCUGUGGCAGCACUCGAGAAGGAGUACGACGACGCCCUCAACACGCAGGCAGCGCUCGAGGCUGAGGUGGAGCGCACGUCGCUGAAGUUGCAGCGUGCUGGUAGGCUUAUCGACGGUCUGGGCGGAGAGAAGCACCGCUGGGUCACGCUGGUUGAGCAGUACAGGGAGCAGGAGCGCUACAUUAUCGGCGACAUGGUGGUCGCGGCGGCCACGGUGGCCUACUGCGGACCUCUCACGGCACCCUAUCGAAGUGACGUGCGUCGAAAGUGGAAGGCGCACCUCACCGCUGCGAACGUCGAGACGAGCGCCGACUUUGACCUCGUCUCCACCUCCGGUGACGCCGUGCAGAUACAGGAGUGGCAACUGUGCGGCUUGCCGACGGACGCGCUGUCCACCGAGAACGCUAUCAUCCUCACCAACUCACGGAACUGGCCGCUGCUCAUCGACCCGCAGGGACAAGCCAACACGUGGGUGCGCAACAUUCAUCGCAACGACAACCUGCAGGUGUGCAAGGCGUCGAAUGACAAGUUCAUGAAAACUGUCGAAAGCGCGAUUCGCCUGGGGCUGCCGUGCCUGAUCGAGAACGUCGGCGAGUCGCUCGAUGCCGCGCUGGAGCCGUUGCUGUUGAAGAACAUCUUUCUCAUUGGCAGCACCCCACAUGUCCGCAUCGGCGACACCGCCAUCCCGUACGACCGCAACUUCAAGCUGUACCUCACGACGAAGCUGCCAAACCCAACCUACACACCCGAGACAAUUGUUACCGUCUCACUGCUAAACUUCUUCAUUACCCCGAGCGGGCUCGAGGAGCAGCUGCUCGGCAAGACGGUGGAGAAAGAGCGGAAUGACCUCGAGGUGGAGAAGCAGCGGCUGACCCGGUCCAAUGCAGAGAAGAAGAGCGAGCUGAAGGACCUCCAGGACAACAUUCUCGUCCUGCUUGAGCAGGCGGAGGGCGACAUCUUGGAGCAGGAGGAGCUCAUCAUCACAUUGGAGAAAAGUAAGGCCAAGUCGACCGAGAUCAAUGAGGAGCUGGGCAAGGCGAAGGCCAUGGAGACAGUGAUUGAUGAGACACGUAACAAGUAUCGCCCGCACGCGGAGCGCGGCUCUCUCUUGUUCUUCUGCGUCUCACAGCUCGCCCUUGUCGACCCCAUGUAUCAGUUCUCGUUGCAGUGGUUCAUGAGCCUGUUCCUCAACGCCGUCGACCACGCCGCACAGGUGCCUGCCGCGAAGGUGGCGACGGAGGACGACCGCAGCAGCGCUGAGGACCCUGUGGCAGUGCGGGUACACACCUUAAUAGACUACUUCACCUACUCCUUCUACAGCAAUGUGUGCCGCUCCUUGUUUGAGAAUCACAAGUUGAUGUUCUCUUUUUACCUCUGCGCCAGUCUGGUGCAGCACAGCGGUGCCAUGGUGGAGGCGGAGUAUCGGUUCUUGCUCACCGGCCCCACCGGCAGUGCACCGGCCGAGGCCCUGGCCAACCCGGCUCCGUCGUGGAUAAACGAGAGCUCUUGGGCUGAGGUGCUCUUCAUUAGCACGCACCUUCCCACCUUUGUCGGCUUUGCCGAGCACGUACGAGACUAUUUACAGCACUACAAAGACCUCUUCGACAGCAACGACGCCGACAUGUUCCCCCUCGCGGGUGAGUGGAAUGAGAAGGCGACACCAAUGCAGCGGCUGGUGGUAAUGCGGUGCUUCCGAGUGGACAAGGUAGCGCCGGCCAUUCAGCACUUUAUUGAGCACUACAUGGGCGACCGAUACAUUGUGGUGCCGCAGUUCGACUUGAUGGACGCCUACAAGGACAGCGACUGCCUGACGCCGCUCAUCUUCAUCAACUCUGCUGGCUCAGAUCCGAUGAACGACCUGCUGCGCUUCGCAGAGACGAUGCGGAUGUCGAAGCGGCUGGAGAAGGUGUCGCUCGGUCAGGGGCAGGGCAAGAAGGCAGAGGAGCUGAUCCGUGUCGCACGGGAGAAAGGGCAGUGGGUAUUGCUGCAGAACUGCCACCUCGCCUCGUCAUGGAUGCCGACGCUGGAGUCCAUUGUGGAGAGCUUCACCCCGGAGACGGUGAAGAAGGAGUUUCGCCUGUGGCUCACGUCGAUGCCGUCAGCCAACUUCCCGGUAGCGGUGUUGCAGACGGCAGUGAAGAUGACGAACGAGCCCCCCAUGGGGCUUCGGGCAAACGUGACGCGUUCCUACUACGGCUUCACCCCCGCGGACCUUGAGCAAGAGGAGAGGCCUGCCGAGUUCAAAAAGCUGGUGUUUGCCUUGUGUCUUUUCCACGGCGUCAUCCAGGAACGCCGCAAGUUCGGCUCCCUCGGGUUCAACAUUGCCUACGAGUUCAACGACUCGGACCGAAACGUCUGCUUGUUGCAGCUCCGCAAGCUCUUGUCUAUGUAUGACUUCAUCCCAUACGAUGUGUUGACCUUUCUAACUGGCGAGAUCAACUACGGUGGGCGCGUCACGGAUGACUGGGACCGUCGGUGCCUCAUGGCCCUCAUCCAGCACUUUGUCAACCCGGAGGUGCUCCAGGACGGGUAUGCCUUCUCGCCAUCGGGGAUCUACCACACCCUCGAGCCUGGCAAUCGCCAGCACUACCUAGACUACCUCGACUCGUGGCCACUGAACCCCAAGCCCGAGAUUUUUGGCCUGCACGAGAACGCCGACAUCACGUGCGCGCAGAACACGACGCACAGCAUACUGUCAGCAGUGCUGGCGCUGGAGUCACGUGGCGGUGCCGGCACAGCGGCGAGCUCGCGGGAGCUGCUGCUGACGGCAACGGCGACGGCGAUUACGGCGAAGCUGCCCCAGCUUUUUGACAUGGCCGCCUUCACUUUGAAGUACCCGACCAAGUACGAAGAGUCGAUGAACACGGUACUAGUGCAAGAGGCCGGUCGCUACAACCGACUACUCAAGUUUAUUCACGCUAGCCUGGCCGAGUUCCUCAAAGCUGUAAGAGGUGAGGUUGUCAUGUCGGCGGAGCUGGAGGCUGUUGGCUCGAAUUUCUUUGUGAACAGCGUACCAGUGUCCUGGAGUGCGCUGGCCUAUCCGUCGCUGAAGCCGCUGUCGAACUGGGUCGAGGACCUGGUGAGGCGCGUUUGCUUCAUUGCGGACUGGUAUGCCCACGGACCGCCGGCAACCUUCUGGUUUGGGGGUUUCUUCUUCCCCCAGGCGUUCCUGACCGGCACGUUGCAGAAUCACGCCCGUAAGGUACACCAGGCCAUCGACAGCAUCUCCUUUCAGUUUGGCGUGCAGGAUGCAUCACUUGACCCCAAGACGGUACCCCGACCGGACAAGGGAGCGCUGGUCUACGGCUUGUACCUUGAGGGUGCGCGGUGGGACCCGGAGCAGCACUCGCUGGCGGAGUCGAACCCCAAGGAGCUCUACGUUGAGAUGCCGCUCAUUCACCUGGACCCUGUUGUAAACCGCACCCGCAAUGCCGAGGACUACGUAUGCCCAGUGUACAAGACACUGACGCGCGCUGGCACGCUCAGCACGACGGGGCACUCGACGAAUUUCGUCCUUCCUAUUGAGAUUCCGACCAAGGUGGAUCCGGCGCACUGGAUCGAGCGCGGUACUGCCUGCGUGGUGUCACUAAACUACUGA